GGCCAAGCAUGGAAGUGCUGCGCCGCUCCUCGGUCUUCGCUGCAGAAGUGAUGGAGGUUUUUGACCGCUCUCCCACCGAUAAGGAGCUGGUGUCCCAGGCCAAGGCUCUCUGCAGGGACUACAUAAACUCCCGGCUGAUCCGAGCGGGUGUCAGCUGGAGCAAACCCGAGUACAACGCGCCGGUGCCUGGUGGCAAGCUGGCCGAGGUGUCCGCCAUCCUGCUGCGACUAGGGGAUGAGCUGGAGUACAUCCGCCCCAACGUGUACCGGAACAUCGCCCGCCAGCUGAACAUCUCGCUGCACUCGGAGACGGUGGUGACGGACGCCUUUCUGGCCGUAGCCGCGCAGAUCUUCACCGCAGGCAUAACGUGGGGCAAGGUGGUGUCCCUGUACGCCGUGGCGGCCGGGCUGGCCGUGGACUGCGUGCGACACGCGCAGCCCGCCAUGGUCCACACCAUCGUGGACUGCCUGGGAGAGUUUGUCCGCAAGACCCUGGUGACGUGGCUGAAGAGGAGAGGAGGCUGGGCAGACAUCACAAAAUGCGUGGUGAAUACCGACCCCAGCCUCCGCUCUCACUGGCUAGUGGCCGCCGUCUGCAGCUUUGGGCACUUCCUCAAGACCAUCUUCUUUGUCCUGCUGCCCGAGAGAUGAGCUAGGCACUGGGCUGCAGCCCGCGCCCCGUCUCCUCCCCCGCUCCAGAAGCAGCCUCAACACCCGACUCUGAAGAGGAGGAAGAGAAGGAAAAGCUGGGACGA